AUGGAAACAUCAUAUUCUAUUGAAUAUUACAAUAAUAUUAAUAAUAAUAUUACAAAUAAUAAUACUGCCAAUCAACCAAUUUUCACAUUUUACAAUUUUGACCCAAAUAAUAAUUUUUCGAGUAAUAAUAACAUUCAAUCAUCCAAUAUUAAUAAUAAUAUUAAUAUUAACAAUAAUAAUACCACAUCCACUACAUCCAAUAAUAAUAAUUUUAUUAAUUUUUCACCAUCUAAAAAUUCCAAUUUUGUAAAAGAGGCUAAAAAAUCAUGUAAAAAACGAACAUUCAAUAAUAAUAUUAAUACAAACAUUACAUCAUCAUCAAGUCAAUCAACAAGUUUAUCACCAACCAACAAUACUCCAACAUCCAAUUCAACUACAACAACUAGUGGUAGUAAAAUUACUAAAAAAAGAAAAGCAACAAUGAGAGGUAAUACAUCAUCACAAUCAUUUUCAAAAGAAUCACCAUGGCAAUUUCAUACUUAUAGUGAAGGUAAAAGACAGGAUUGUAAUAAUUUGGUUUUCUUUCAUUUUAAACCAAAUCAAUAA